UGGGAGCGAGGUUUAUAUAUCCACAUCCGAAGACCAACACAAGACCCCCCACUCCUCGAAUCGAUCCCGCAAUGUCUACCUACCUACCUACGCAACCUCUGCAUCCUCCGAUCGGGAUGGUGGUGCAGUUCCUUUGUCCAACCCGCACGAGAACUCCGCUUUCUGCAUGCAUCACAUUCAGCUCAGCCAUCCUCCAUGUCCUGCCCCAAAUAGCGGGGUUGCUUCCGAGGAAUCACACUCAUGUGUGUCAGGAUUUGUCCAGAUUCUCGUAACCCAGAGAUGUUCUUGCAUUGCCCUGCCAGGCGAGGAUGGUCCCAUUCUGCAGAGCAUUCCCGCAUUGGGGCGGUCAGUGAUGCUCCAUCACGAGAAUGAAAUUCGUUGCUGGGUGCGUGCAGGCGUCGCGAGCUGCAAGUUCGUCGGUCUUGGCAUGCUCUUUCGAUGUUGGGGAACGGGAGCAUUCGCCUUCCGAUCUCAUGCACUCUUAUAUUGUCUGAGGGGCUUCACGGACUGUGCUCCAUGUUGUCGACAGGCUUCCUCCAUUAUUCGUGUCGGAACUCUAUGUAUGCGUCGUCCGAGCACCCCCACCACCACCACCACCACCACCACCAACAUGCUGCAUACUCACUCGCCCAAACAAAGAGAGCAUACCGUGACACAUCUCGCCACAGCGCGGUGUCUGCAAUGAUGCUCCUACUCUGCAGCUGUCUCCAUCUGCAGACGCAAGAGCUCUGGAGAUCCCCCUCAAGACAAAAGGUAAAAAGCAAAAAGCACCAUCCCAGCUAGCUACAUCAACGGCCUGCACACACACAUACACACACACAGAGACACACAACCAUGUUGAACCAAGUCAGCCAGCCAGCC